AUGGCUUCGAUGAUGGAGAAAAUCCCAAAGAUCAACCACGACGAUGAGAUUUUCGCGCUACUCUAUAAGAUACUGUCCUCGCAAGUUCAGACUCUUUACGAGGAGGACAUGGAGAAGAUCUAUCAGCUCAACGUGGAUAUCUCGCCGCUGGAAAUCUCGAAAUUGACUGAAAAAAUGAAAAAAGUGUUUCUCGAGCAACCGUGUCUUCUGGUAAUUGGCGCUGAGCCAAUCACCGUAGUCGCCGAUAUGCACGGACAAUCCAUUCAUCUCCUGCGGAUUCUGAUGACUUGUGACGCUCCGCCCACCCAGAAAUUUCUGUUUUUAGGGGAUUAUGUGGAUCGUGGAUCACAAAGUGUUGCUGUGAUUUGUCUUCUGUUUUGUCUGAAACAUCGCUAUCCGAAUCAUGUCUACUUGCUACGUGGCAAUCAUGAAGAUGUGAAUACGACACUGAAUUAUGGGUUCUAUGACGAGUGUCUCGAUCAAUGGAAGAGCGAGGAGAUAGGAGAAACUGUGUGGAAAAUGUUCAUCGAAACGUUCAACUGUAUGCCGCUGGCCGCUGUGAUUGGCUCAAAAGUCUUCUGCUCACACGGAGGACUCUCCCCAAACAUGGAAUCAAUCGAAGAGAUCAAUGUCAUCGACCGCCCAUCUGUAGUGCCACCAUACGGUUUGGCGUGUGACCUACUUUGGUCGGACCCAGCACAACCGGAAAGGAAUGGCUGGGGACUUAGUCAUCGUGGAAUAUCGUUUACUUAUGGGAAAACUGUCGUUGAUGAGUUUUGCGCGAAAAAUGAGAUUUCUCUGGUGCUUCGUGGACAUCAGUUGUUCAAAGAGAUGUAUCCACAAGGAUGUGUUCUUCGUUUUGGCGGAAGGUUGAUCUCCUUGUUCUCCGCACUGAACUAUGAGGGUCACAGGAACAAUAGCUCCGUGCUAAAACUGGAUUUCGUUGGGGGAAAAGUGAAGGUGAAGCAGGUUGUGUACAGAUGCAGACAUUAUGUACCAUUGAAGCCGCAAGAAAUCCUAGCGUGCCGAGACAUGAAGCAAGCUAAAUCCCAAGAGAAACGACGUGGAUCUAGGAUGGACAGUGUGAUGGGGAAGAUCAAAGGAGAUUAA